GGCCUGUGCCCGCCCCCAGGCCCGGCCAUGGGCAGUGCCCCUGCCCGGUACCUGGUGUUCUUUCAGUACUUUGGCACCAGGUACAGUGGGGUUAUGGAGACCAAGAGUGAUCAGGCCCUGGUUGGAGUCCAGAAUUAUUUGGAGCGGGCAGCGGCGCGGCUGCAGCCCAGCGCUCCGGUCAGGUUCCACAUCUCCAGCCGGACGGACAGCGGCGUCCACGCCCUGGCCAACGCCGCGCACCUGGACGUGCAGCGGGCGCCGGGCCGCGCGGCCUUCAGCGGGGAGCAGCUGGUGCGGGGCCUCAACCGCCACCUGGGGCCCGAGCCCAUCCGCAUCCUCAGUGCCCAGCGGGUUCCCAGCACCUUCCACGCCCGUUUCUGUGCCCUCUCCAGGACCUACAUCUACCGCCUGCUGCUGGGCUGUGCCCACGGCUCCCAAAUCCCCGUCUUCGAGCGGGAUCUGUGCUGGGCUCCUCCAGGAGGCCCCCUGGACAUCGCGGCCAUGCGGGAAGCAGCGCGGCUCCUGCUGGGCACCCACGACUUCAGCACCUUCCGCUCGCUGCACGCCGAGGAGCAGAGCCCCGUCAGGACCCUGCUGCAGCUGCAGCUCCAGCCCGGGCCCGGCCUCCUGAGCCACCACGGCCUGCACAGCGGACUGGAGUUCUGGGAGGUGACAGUGAAGAGCAAAUCCUUCCUGUACCGACAGGUCAGGAGGAUGGUGGGGGCCCUGGUGGCCGUGGGCCAGGGCAGGCUGUCCCCUCAGCAGGUGCAGCAGCUGCUGGAGCUGAAGGACCCCCGCGCGCUGCCCCCUCACGCCAUGGCCCCGGCCUCGGGGCUCUUCCUCAAGAGCGUGGAGUACAGCCAGGCAGAUCUGGCCCUUCCGGGUGCCCCAGCAGAAGAGGAGCUCUGUGGGCUGAGCUGAAAGGAAGUUAAAUCAUUAUUUAUCAAAUCAAUUCCUAAUAAAUAAAUUCAUUAUAAAAAUCACAA